UAAAUAAGAGAUUGAUCAUGACAAUGGCAAUCAUAAUAUAUACGGAGCAAUAUGUUAAAUUUUGGGGUUAGGUGAAUCUCAAGAGUUCCCAAAAAGUUUGCAGCUUUAUCCUUGAGUAGAAAACUUCAAAAGUGGGUUUGCUUCCAUUUCUGGCCCUUAUUCCACUGUCCUCAAACUUUACCAUAUUUAUCAUAGGAAUCAAUUUCUCCCAUCGCCCCUAUACUCACUACUACUUGUUGUUUCAUUUCAAAGGACCAAAAAAUAGCACCAGAUAGAUCUACCUCUCUUCUCCUCUCUGCUCACAAGAACCUGGAAUAAAGAAGUAUUCUUUCUUGCUUCAACCUCAAGACUUCACUGCCAGACUGCUUAACAAACAAGCAGUUCAGUUAGGUUCUUGAUAUAGUAGUGUGCUUAUUUUCUGGCAGAGAAAAGUUGGAAUGAAUGAAUGGUGAUUCCCAGGCUUUGUGUUCUGAUUCUGCCUCUAUAUUUACCCUGAAUUCAAACCCCAAACAAGGCCUGUUUUCCAACUCCAGGGAGCUAUUCAUGGACUCUCCUAAUCAGAACAGUUCUGGGCUGUUGAGGUUCCGGUUAGCCCCGGGUUCUUGCUUUGAGAAUCUGAGCCAUGGAGUUGACAAGAAUGGGGAAAACAGUGCUGGGAAUGAUGGGUUGGAUUCAAAAUUCAAUCUUGGUGGUGCUAAUGGGGGAUUGGUCUCUCAGGGCAGUCUGAAUUUGGAAGAGAGUAAUGGCUCUGCUGUUCUGAAUUCACAGUUGCCACCUCAAUAUCCAUGGAAGAUCCCAGGUGUGAACUUAGUGGAAAUGGAUCAUUCUGGGCAGCCCAAAUUGGUGUCCAGUUUCAUGAGACAGAAUAGUUCACCUCCUGCCCUAUUCUCACCUCAAAAUGGUUAUGCCCAGUUGAGGGGUGAUCUUGGUGGCUGCUACAGAGUGGGAAAUGGUAUUAAUGGAGCCUCGAGCCGUUCUUUGAGUAGGCUGAAGCCUCAAAUGAGUGAUUUGUCCAGUGUAGCUUCUUCAUUAGGCGUGUUGUCUCAAAUCACACAAGUUGAGAACAAGAGCUAUGCGGGAACUGUCACCGAUGAUGAGAAGCCUGGAAAUGGCAAUUCAGACACUCGGUUUUACAGUUCUGAAUUCCCAUUUAGUUCUUGGAGUGACUCUCCAGCAUUUGCAGAAGGCAAAACAUUCAAUGCCAACACUCAGAUCGAAGACCUUGGACCCCGGCCCCAGAUUUUGUCACAUCACUUGAGUUUACCUAAAACAUUGAAAUUACAAGAAAGUGUUCCUUGUAAGAUCCGUGCUAAACGAGGUUGUGCAACUCAUCCUAGAAGCAUUGCAGAGAGGGUAAGAAGAACGCGGAUCAGUGAAAGAAUGAGAAAGCUACAAGAACUUGUUCCAAACAUGGACAAACAAACCAACACGGCAGACAUGCUAGAUUUGGCGGUGGAAUACAUCAAAGACCUCCAAAAACAAUACAAGACCCUCGGUGAAACUCGAGCCAACUGCAAAUGCUCCGCUAUGCAGGCACCCCUUUCAAAUCGAACGGUGUGAUUUGCUUCUGAAUGCCAAAUUGGAAUGGAGAAGAAACAGAAGAGAGUUGGGAGUGUGUCUUAGUGUUUUCUUCUUGGAAGUUUUAGAGGAUGUCAGGUAAUAGAUUAUUUGAAAUGAUCAUAUCCAUAAGAUGUAUGAUAGAUGCUGUAAUACAAUGUCAAGAGGAAUAAAAUUAGUGAGAAAUUAUUAGAAAAAGUGUAGAUUAGUUGCUAGUAUAGGAUAUGCAUUUCUUUUCCCUUUAGUGCAAUAAAACUCUUUAUACCUUGUCAGGUUAUUUGCACUAUUACUUCAAUCUCGGAAAAAGGAGAAAA